CCCUAGACGCAACAUCUUCCUACUCUCUUUCGAGAUCAGAAGACGCCGCACUUCCAUCUUCUGAGCUGCAGAGAGAAGAGAGUUGGUGAAAAAUGAGUCGUGGAAGUGGAGCAGCUCCAAAGGGGAAGAAGAAGGGAGGAGUUUCCUUCACCAUUGAUUGUUCUAAACCUGUUGAUGACAAGAUCAUGGAGAUUGCUUCCUUAGAGAAGUUUCUCCAGGAGAGGAUUAAGGUUGGUGGUGGUAAAGCAGGUGCUCUUGGCGAUUCUGUCUCGAUCACUCGUGACAAGAACAAGAUCACCGUCACCUCUGAUGGCCAAUUCUCCAAGAGAUACCUCAAGUACUUGACAAAGAAGUAUCUGAAGAAGCACAAUGUGAGAGAUUGGCUCAGAGUGAUUGCUGCCAACAAGGACCGUAACCUCUACGAGUUGAGGUACUUCAACAUCGCCGAGAACGAAACAGAUGAAGAAGACUAAAAAACCAUCAUCUCUUCGACGUCUUAGUUGAGUUUUGAUUCUACUGCAACUAUCUCCGUUCUGUUUUAGAUAUUAUCUAGUUUGGUUGAAGGGAUACACUUUCGUUUGUUGCUGCGCAUUUGAGCCUCUAUGGAGGCUUUUUUUUUUCCAGACAGUUUAUUGGGUAAAGCCAAGUGGAGUUUGCAAAUA